CUUAUUGUUUCUCCACUUUCCUAUGAAACUUGAUAAACAGGAAGGGCUUUAACUUUUGAAUCCUAUAUAUAAAAGCACAUCCAAUGUCUCAACAAGAUCUAUCAUAACAUUAUACACACAAAUAAACCUUCUCUUAAUUAUCUGUGAUCUGUUUAUACAGUCAUACACACACACAAAUUGUACCUUUAUGGAUAUAAGUUGCAGUAUCCAAACCUCUUUCUUUAAUGGUAAACUGCAAAAUUUACGGUCAGCUGUUCGUUAUGUGGCAGCUCAGAGAAGAACUGCAAAUAUCCGUGUAGUUUGUGCUAAAACUUUAACAAGUGAAAAUCCCAACUCCAGUAAAUUGGAUGUUGUAAAGCCAAAGAUAAAGAUCCUAGUUCCAAAUAAUUUACCACUACCCAGCCCCGGAAAAUUUGGGAGGUUUGGAGGCAAGUUCGUGCCUGAGACUCUCAUUACGUGCUUGAGGGAUCUUGAAGCUGUAUUCAAUUCUGUUUUAAAAGACCCUGAAUUUCAGGAGGAGCUUGCGACAGCACUAAGAGACUACGUGGGGAGGGAGACUCCGCUGUAUUACGCAGAGAGGCUCACGAAUCACUACAAGAAUGAAAAAGGAGAAGGACCUGAAAUUUACUUGAAGAGAGAAGAUCUUAACCAUACAGGAGCUCAUAAAUUGAACAACGCAAUUGCUCAGGCGAUGAUUGCCAAACGUAUGGGCAUGGAAACUGUUGUGGCGGCCACUGGUGCCGGUCAACAUGGCGUUGCGACUGCUGCUGCAUGUGCUAAGCUUUCUUUGCAGUGUACUGUUUUCAUGGGUACUUCGGAUAUGGAAAGGCAAUCCUCAAACGUACUCCUGAUGAAACUUUUGGGCGCUGAGGUUAAAGCAGUGGCAGGAAAUUUUAAGGAUGCAAGCUCAGAAGCAAUAAGAGAAUGGGUAGGGAAUUUACAGACGAGCUACUACUUGGCAGGGACUGUAGUGGGUCCUCAUCCAAGUCCAAGCAUGGUCCGGGAGUUUCAGUCUGUAAUAGGAAAGGAAACAAGAAGGCAAGCAAUGGAGAAAUGGGGUGGGAAGCCAGAUGUACUGGUAGCAUGUGUAGGGAGUGGGUCAAAUGCAUUAGGGUUGUUCAACGAAUUCAUAGGAGAUGAAGAUGUGAGAUUGAUAGGUGUUGAGGCUGCUGGAUUUGGUUUAAACAGUGGGAAACACGCAGCAACUUUAGCUAAAGGAGAAGUGGGUGUGUAUCAUGGAGCUAUGAGUUAUUUGUUGCAAGAUGAGGAAGGUCAAAUUAUAGGUCCAUAUUCUAUUGGCGUGGGGUUGGAAUAUCCAGGAGUUAGUCCAGAAUUGAGCUUCCUUAAAGAAAUAGAACGUGCGGAAUUUUAUUCUGCUACCGACGAAGAAGCUAUAAAUGCAUACCAGAGGCUGUGUAAAUUGGAAGGUAUAAUUCCAGCUUUGGAGGCUUCUCAUGCACUCGCAUUUCUGGAGAAACUUUGUCCUAAUUUAUCCAAUGGCACCAAAGUCAUUGUCAGCUGUAGCGGUCGUGGGGAUAAAGAUGCUGCCACAGUCUUAAACUACAAGCAAGACUCAUAAAUAGGCGUACCCAGUAAUUAUUAUUAUUAUUUAUUUAUACAUAUAAUUGGUAUUAUGCGGAAAUUAAAAUAACUGGGCCUAAGACGAUGUGCCUAUAUUUUAUGUCUUACCCAUUUUACUUAUGCUAAUUAUGAUAUCUGCUCAUAAUGAUUGAAACAAUCACGCAGAAGAGAUAUUUUUCCAUCGAUAUGAAAGGUGGAUGUACGGAUGAAGAUAACUAUACACUAUAAACUCCAAAGGAAUCUCUUUAA